GAGCCUCCGGCCAGAUUUUCUUGUGUUUGUACGCAAACCAAAUUAAUGUAAUGUAUUCAACGAGAGCAAGUAUAAGACUUGGAAGAUGUACAAAAUUUCGCCCAGCUUCACGAUGCAAUUAUGCCACAACUCCGUACAGCACGCCAGCUCCAUAUACUUCUCGUAUAACUGAUGCAGACGUCCAUGCAGCUCGAACCUACUGCUCCGGCCUUCUGCAGAAAUACGACUCCCCAUCCUACACUCUCCAAACUUUUGUCCCUCCUUCAGCACGAGAUGCCUACCUUUCUAUUCGAGCCCUCAACGUCGAACUUGCUAGAAUACCAGAGCUAGUCUCAAAUCCGACAGUAGGAGCUCUGCGGAUGCAAUUCUGGCGCGACAACCUUACUCGAACGUUUGCCAAUACACCGCCCAAAGAGCCAGUUGCAAUCCUUCUGCAUCAUGCUCUCUCAUCACUACAAUCUCGCCACCCGGGGAUCAGCACAAGUGUGAUGAAGGGAUGGUUCAUGAAAGUUGUCAAUGGUAGAGAGCAAUAUAUGGACAAUAGGCCGUACACAAACCUGGAUGCCUUGGAGACAUAUUCAGAAAAUACAUAUUCAACGUUAAUGUAUUUGACAUUGGCAGCUCUUCCAAUGCAUUCAAUGGCAGCAGAUCAUGUCGCAAGCCACAUCGGGAAAGCUACUGGGAUUGCUGCAGUGUUGAGAGGAUUGCCGUUAUUAGCUUUCCCACCACCACCAAAUCAUCAUAGCAAUAAUGCUGCAUUUGGUGGUGCUUUAGGCGGGAGCACCGGCGGUCGUCAAGGAGCGGUUGUUCUACCGUUAGAUAUCAUGGCAGAAGCAGGUGUCAAAGAAGAAGAUGUCUUCAGGCAGGGAGCCGAUGCACCAGGGUUGAAAGACGCUAUCUUCAGAGUUGCUACUCGAGCCAACGACCAUUUGAUUACAGCCAGAGAGAUGUUGAAGAACUUGCAACAGGGGAAAGAUGCCGGACAUGAUUUUGAGCACGAAGGAGAAGAAGGACAUCAAUACGCUGAGAUGAGCCCAAAGGAUCACUCGCAAGCAGAUGAAUUAGAAAGAGGAUUUGGUGUUCUCAUGCCAGCAGUAGCCACGAGAUUAUGGCUUGAAAAAUUAGAGAAGGUCGAUUUUGAUAUAUUUCGAUCCGAAUUAAGGGCUAGAGAAUGGCGACUGCCAUGGAAGGCAUACUGGGCCUAUUCACGGAGAGCAAUAUAAAUGCCCUUUGUCCAAACCCUCCCGAAGAUAUCUAUGUUAGAGUGAACCCUUCCUUCAAAUGAUCAUAUUACCACAAUUUCAUCC